GUUUGUUUACAUGUGUGAAAAUGCAUUUCGAGGCCGUACGAUAACGGGAUAGAUAACGUUUCUGAAGGCACGUGUUUUAGCAACGCCGUGAGGGCGCUGCUGUUAGCCCUUUAAAAGGGAGCAGGUUUCCCGAAAACGGGAGUUGAGUUUCCAACGGUUGUACGGGCUGGAGGCCACGACUUAUUCUACUGAAGGUAAUAAACCUUUCUGUUCUGUUGUUCAUUUGACUGUGCUGCGUUUUCCUGGGUCGCUGAACGGACGGGCCGACGCCCCGGGAGUGGGAACCCUUGGGUUCCCACAAUUGGCGCCCAACGUUUUCGGAACCGGGUCGUCCGUUCGGUGGCGGGGGGCACGCAGCCCAGACGUUCUCGGUGCCUAGUGUUCAUCGGCAUGGGAGUGUUCAUUUCAUCUGUUAUCAACUUGUUUUGGGGGAGUUGCACGUUAGUGCCUUGUUUUUGUGUCGUCUUUUGAGUGUUUUUCAGUUCCUGUCAACGCUUGGAAAUGGAGCAUUCCCCGCCGCGCGGACACCUUCUCCGUAGCGGUGCCCGCUACGGACUCCCAGAACAAGUCCAGCCGACAGGACCGGUCGGUGAUGGGACAGCACCGGCGGGGGUGCAGCCACAAGACACCAUGCCGCGACCCUGCCGACAGAGGACGGGCCAGCCCCGACCCCCCCGCCAAGAGACAGGAGGUCGCCCACGACCCAGGGCAUCCCCGGAGAGGACGUCUCCGCAGCAGCAGCAGCGAUCGGCGGCCACGUGGAUCGUCGUCCACAACGCACGGCCAGUAGGAUGGGCAUCGCACACCAGAUGGGCGGCUCAGGUCCGGCCCCUCCGCGGCACCAGCCCUUCGCGGAUACCCCUGCCCUUCCGAGGGUUAACCCUCACCGACAGGCAUCCUCAGGACCCGCCCAUCCCAUUGACCGCAGAAGAAGAGCGCCUCCUGUGUCCCGUAUGUCGGGUGCCAGAAGUGCACCGGAGCACCCACUUGCGAGGCGCCCUCCACCGCUCCAGGAUCACUGCCCCACGCACCGCCGGGUCAGACGUAGAUGCGGCCCUCGCAACCCUCAGGCGCCUCCGUCCAGACCUCCUUCGACAAGGCCCUCCACCGCCUCCCCCUCAACUCGAGCCUAGCCCGGAGGACAUCAUCCUCGAAAUGCCAUCCGACGAUGACCUUUGAGCGAAGAGACGGCAAGGAAGCAAGUUGGCGACGUGGAAUCACUCGUUUAUUUAUGUUAUACUAAUUUUCCAUUAAUACAGCGUUGUUUCGCUUAGUGUGUGCCAGUUGCACAGAACAGUUAUGCGAUUUGAACACUUUUUAGUGAACCAUGUGAACAUUUUGUGAACUUUUAUCUUAUAACCCCAGAGUCAUGUUUCUGGGUGGGGGAGUGUUGUGAGUUUGUUUACAUGUGUGAAAAUGCAUUUCGAGGCCGUACGAUAACGGGAUAGAUAACGUUUCUGAAGGCACGUGUUUUAGCAACGCCGUGAGGGCGCUGCUGUUAGCCCUUUAAAAGGGAGCAGGUUUCCCGAAAACGGGAGUUGAGUUUCCAACGGUUGUACGGGCUGGAGGCCACGACUUAUUCUACUGAAGGUAAUAAACCUUUCUGUUCUGUUGUUCAUUUGACUGUGCUG